GAACCAAACAGUGUGUGAGUGCAGCCACGUCACAGCUGAGCAAUUUCACUUUCUUUUUCCUCCUUUUUGGAGGGCCCUGAAAGAGUUCUCUCUGAACUUUCCACAGGCUCAAAGGUGGUGCACUCCUCCCUAAGCCAAGUUCAGGGCACCCUCGGGGCUGUGUAGGGGAUGGCAGGAGAGGACAAUGGAUCCAGCGGCAGGGCAAUCACAGAAGACCAGAGCAAAGAGGAGUCGGCCAACUAUGAGCGCAUGUUCAAGCACUUCCAUGAAAAUAAGGUAGAAAUUGCCAGUGCCAUCACAAAGCCGUUUCCUUUCUUUAUGAGCCUCCGAGACCGCGGAUUCAUCUCUGAGCAGAAGUUUCAGGAUUCUCAAGAAAGGUGUCAAAACCUGGUCCCAGUGGGCAGAGUGGUGUAUGACAUUCUUAGUGACCUACAGAACAAGUUUAGCCUGUCGCUUCUGGAAGUGAUAUUCAGCAAAACGCAUCUGAAGGCCUACCCAGACUUAAAGGAGACUCUGAGAAGCUUCCUAGAUGUUUCCAGCAGUCACAGGACUCCUCAGAGGAUGAAUGGAGAUGUUGAAGAGAGGCCCGGACUGCCAGCAUUUGUUAAGGAAGCAUCCUGCAGUCCUGGAAAUUCCCAAAUGAAUGAUGAGCAGGCAGAGGAGGUGCCUAGCCUCUCACAAUGCAACGGAGGAGAAGGAAGUAGUUCUUGUGAACAAAUGUUUGAUGGACAAGAGCCCCAGGAUAACUUACCCCCAUCACCACUGAGUCCCGAAGCAGGAGCAGAGCAAUCCACAAGUGGAAAUGAGGCCUGUUCCUGUGUCAUGUGUUCCCCUGCAUACACUCGAGAAGACCCAGAAGCAAGGAUGGGAAGCAGCCGAGCAGAUACUGUGGAGACUGGAAACAACACUAUUGUAGGAAAAUCCAAGAGGAAGAGAAGAAAAAAGAAAGGCCACAACUGGUCAAGAGUAAAAUGGAGAAGGCCAACAAAUGACAGCAGGGCUGGUGGCCAGACAGCUUGCAGGAGAAAGAAAAUGAAAACAAACCCAGGACCCUCUGCCAAGACCAGGGUUCCAAGAAAGCAUAGAUAUGAGAAUGUGGAUUUCAGUGCUGAGCUGCUUCCUGUGACAUGUGGUGACAUGAAGGGAGUGUUAAGCAAGGAUAAAUUCAAGCAAGGGAUCUCCAUGAAGUCCAUACAGAGUGAGGAUGGGAACUGGUACACACCCCCUGAGUUUGAAAUCCUGGGAGGCCAUGGACAAUCAAAGAACUGGAGAUUGAGUCUGCGCUGCUACAACUGGCCCCUGAAAUUCCUGAUCCAGGAAAACUUUCUACCCAAUCCUCCACGAAUAUAUGGCAGGAAAAAAAAGAGAACACAGAAUUUGUACUGUUCUCCAGCUGACCCUUGUAUGCAGAACUCAGAUGAGUGUGAGGUGUGCCAAGAUGUAGGAACACUUUUCUGCUGUGAUACUUGCUCCAGAGCCUUCCAUGAGGAGUGUCACAUCCCAACGGUGGAGGCUGAGAUAACACCAUGGAGCUGCAUCUUCUGUAGGAUGCAGUCCUUAGGAAGCCAACAGAGUCAUCCAGAAUCUGAGGUACUGCAGAGGCGCAUGGUGCCCCAGGAACAGUUGAAGUGUGACUUUGUCCUCUUGAAAGUCUAUUGCUGUUCUGAGAGCUCCUUUUUUUCCAAGAUGCCACAUUAUUGUUAUUUUAGGGAAACAUCUGAGGGUGUGCAGAAAGCUAUGUGGUUGGACAUCAUCAAGAAAAAGCUGAGAAGGAGAGGUUACUCUCACGUGGGAGAGUUUGUGCAGGACAUGAGGCUCAUCUUCCACAAUCACAGGACCACGUUCAAGGACGUUAACUUUGGCCAAAUGGGACUUAGACUGGAGUCUGAGUUUGAGAAGACUUUCAAGGAAGUGUUUGCUAUUCAGGACACAAAUGAAAACAGUUGACUGACAUCCCCGAUGCUGCUGGUGGCCUGGCCCCUUGUCCUUUUCUGGCCAGGUCUUCCCACCCACAGCAGUGAGUGCUCUCUACCACUCCGUCAUCCCCAGAGGAUUCUCUGGGUCACAUGCGGCCUUGUGGUCCAUCCCCCUGCCUCUAGCUGGAACCAAGGGUGUGAUAAAUUGCUGCUCUCUGCUCCCCAAGUCCAACUGAUUUAGCUCUCUCUCACACACACAUAUGUUGCUUCCCUUGUCCCUACUCCUGAGAGCACUUUAAAAUAAACCACAAGCUUCUAAGACUCCAACUCAUGUGGUGAGACACUCCUGUAAUCCCAGCCCUUGGAAGGCUGAGGCAGAAUGAUAGCGGCAAGUGUGAUGCCAGCCUGGGCUACAUAGUGAGUUUAAGCUACUCUGGGUUAUAAAGUAAGAACCUGAUUCAAGAGCAAACAACUCACCAAACAAGACUCAUAAAAAGGCCCCAUCUCUGGAUAUUUCUCUAGGAGACUCAUCCUAGAUGAUGGUCUAGAUGAUAGUCCUAGAAGAUGAUGGUCCCAGAAGACAAUGGUCCUAGAAACAAGCCUAGGGUGGGAUUCUAGAGUUGGGUCACUGUCCAACCAAAAGGUGAUUGGUGGGAUAUCAAUAGGCCCUCAGGUGCAACACCAGCACAGGGACCCAAUUUUAGCCUGUAGAAAGGCACUAACGACUGUGUGAGCGACAGGCAAAGUGGCAUAUUCACAACUGGAUGGGAAAAAGGCAACUCUAAGAAUGCUGGGUUUGCUGGCUAUUGGUACUUUGUGCUAAUAAAUUGAUAGAAGCUACUGGCAGGCUCAGCUGCAGAAUCCCAAGUGUUAGGAAAGAGACACCCAAUCCUGCAGCUGUAUUUUCAGACAGCAGCAAAGGCAUGUUCCAGGCCCUUAUAAUCAGAAAGACAGAUCUCCAGCAAAGGCUGGAUUCUAAGUUCUGGAAGUCUCCUGCCAAAGUCAGGGUCCUGACAGGGGUAUUGAAAUAGAUAUGGGUGGGGGCUUGAACUUGUUUCCCCUGAACCUACUUGCCUAUGAAAGAAUCCCUUUGCUGUGUCUUGGAAGGAAGAGCCAACACUCUCCCCUGUCUUGCUUGAAUGAAGACUAUGUGAGGCCUCCCAGGAUGGCUCAAGUGGACAAGCCCUGGGUGUGGCUGGAAGGUGUGAGAGGGGCUACACACCAGAGGAAUGGCAAGCUCAGCAAGAAGGUUGUGUUUGGGGUGGACGGAAUAAAGAAAGCUGAAAUACUAAA